AUGGAGCUGAAAAUUUCUUCUCCAAAGCCGUGUCUUUCACCUUCUGAUUGUCUCAGUGAUCCUGAGGAGAAGGAAGUAAGUGAAGGUGAAGAUGAAGAUGAUGAUCGUAACCAUAAGCAUCGUAAAAAGGAGACGCGUUCUCAAUCUUCGGAACGGGAUGCUCUGGAUCAAGUUUUUACAAGACCAAAUAGGAAAAGAAAUAAGCCCUUUGAAAAUGGGUACAUUUACGGUGGAGGUGAUUCUCAAUCAGGGGGUACAUUAUCUGCAAGGUUUGAGAAGCGACGUCCAAACCCAACUGCCUUUGGUAUAGAUUUGAAGUAUAGAAACAGGGGGAACCAAUCAAUGUCAGGUGAAGCUGGUCCUGGUAGGGGCAGGGGAAGGGAACCUAGUUCCUGGGGACUGCGUGAUUCCAGGCUUGGCUCAUCUGAUAUUGCAUCGCAACUGGUUCAGCCCGGUACUAUGCAUUCUAGUCUCUUUUCAGGGAGGGGGCUUCCAAACAUUUCUAAUGCCCAGAGUACAUCUUGGAAUGCAUUUGGACUAGUUCCAGGAAUAUCUAAUGGUGCCCUCGACACACUUCACCCUCUAGGUUUUCAGGGUUCACUCAGACCAUCUAUCAGUCCUGCAAUGAAUAUCGUCAUUCCUCGACAAAGGUGUAGAGACUUCGAGGAGCGUGGUUUUUGUUUAAGAGGAGACAUGUGCCCAAUGGAGCAUGGUGUCAAUCGUAUAGUUGUUGAAGAUGUUCAGUCUCUUUCACAAUUCAAUCUCCCUGUUUCACUUCCUGGCUCACAGCUUCUUGGAACUCCUGCUGGACAUGGCACUUUCCCUGCAGUUAAUGUUCCUGCUCUCUCUGGCACAUUAAUGCAUGGCAGAGCUUCACAUGGAAAAAGUAGCAAGAUUGCAGUGACUGAUGAUGGUUUAGGCUUGAAUGAUGGUUAUGUUGGUGGUUCUAUGACAGGAGGCUCUGACGUCUAUGAUCCUGACCAGCCUUUGUGGACCAAUGAUCGUACUGAAACAUCAGCAGCACUCCUAGCACUUAAUCCUUCUAAUGUGGACGAUACUGAAUCUUUUUUGGAUACGGAUCCUUCCAGCCGUAAGUUUUCUGAAGGUUUCGAUGAUGAGCAUGCAACCAGAAAUGCUGCUACUGCUGUAUCCCAAAAUUCGUCUGUCUGGGGAAGAGUAGGUAGUUCACAAAAUAGAUCAGGACUAAAGGAGAAAAUCAAUCCUUCAAUAACUUCCUCUAGUAAUCUUGAAACUGAUAGCAAAGAUCUGGAACCCUUAAAACCUGGUUCACAAGAUGCUUCUGAUCAUGUAAAGUGGAUGAAUGUGAAUCAAAAUGGCCCUCAGUUUAAGGAAAUGACUCUCAAGCAACAAAGUGACUCUGGACACAAUGUCCGAAAGCCAUCUCAUAAGGCACUGUGCACCCUAUUUGUCAAAGGCAUUCCUCUGAAAGAUAACAGAAAGGAGGCUCUUCUUUCGCAUUUUCGAAAAUUUGGAAAGGUCAUUGACAUUUAUAUCCCCUUGAACAGUGAAAGAGCUUUUGUUCAGUUCUCAAAUAGGGAAGAAGCAGAAGCUGCUUUGAAGGCACCUGAUGCUGUAAUGGGUAAUCGAUUUAUUAAACUUUGGUGGGCAAACAGGGACAACAUUCCUGAUGAUAGAGCAAGUGGCAGCAGUAAUGUGCCCAUUACUCCCCGGGGAGUAACACCUUGUCCAGGUCUUCUUCAUCCAUCUGCUCCUGACAAAGGAAUAGAAAAUUCUCAAUGUGCAGGUGGCAAGGACGGUAAUGCCCAUCCUUCUGUUGCUCAAGUGCCAGCCUAUUAUCAUCCAAAGCCCACUGUUUCCAGCAGUCCCAAGGCCCCACCUCCUUUACAGAACAAGCUGGAGAGUUUAGAGCUUUUGAAGGAAGAACUCCGUAAGAAGCAGCUGAUGCUUGAUCAGAAACGAAAUGAUUUCCGGCGCCAGUUGACUAAACUCGAAAAACAUGCUACAGGCCUCAAAGAUUUAACGUCAGAUCCGGCCACCAAAAGGCUUAAAGGGGACACACUGGCUGAUCCUGUGGAAGCUGAAACCUCCGGUCCAAGAGCUAACAUGGUUGCUGAAAAAUCUGCCGAGCACGCUACACCAAAUAGUUUCACUUCAAAUUUGACUACAGCUCUGCCGGAAUCUCCGAGUUCAAGACCUUUAAUUCGUCCACUGGCCCCUCUAGGGGCAAGGACACCUUUUUUGAUCAAUAGAUUCAAACUGGACAAUCGUCCUACAUCAUUCAAAGUUGUUUCGCCCUUACCGGAUGGCCUUGCAGAUGUUGCUGCUUUAGAGGAACACUUCUCAAGUUAUGGGGAUCUUUCUUCUGUGGAACUGGAAGAGUCCGAGCCUCAAGAAACUAGUAAUGCUUCACUGCCAUCAGAUGUUGCAGCUCGUGUCUCUUUUACGACACGGCAUUCUGCUGAGAAGGCAUUCUUGAAUGGGAAAUGCUGGCAAGGCCACAAUUUGCGGUUUGUGUGGAUUACUUCUAGUAAUUCUAGCAAAAACACUGUUGGCAGAGGAAAUUCUUCAGCCCCUUCUGAUAGGCCAUCAGAUACUGGUGCUCAAUCUAGUGGAGAAGCUGUUGUUUCUAGUGAUUCUAGCAAAAACUUCGGUGGCUCUGGAAAUUGUGCAGCUUCUUCUAAUAAGCUUUCUGAUGCUAAUGUUCAAUCUAGUGGAGAAGCUGUAUCUUCUCAUGAGAAAACUUCUGUCUCAGGAAGUGACGAAUCUGAAAAUCCGACAAAUGAAACUGCAUCGAGGAGUUUGUACAGUGAGCUGCAAUUUCACGUCAUUCAGAGGUACCAAUUGCAUUUUGGACAGAAGUCCAAGGAAAACAGAGGUCCACUAUUGACACGAGAACUGGGCUUCCCGGGUUUGGGCCCAAGAGUCCAGGUUGAGGAAGUUCAUCAACUAAGAAAGGUGGCCGCUCGUACAGGCGAUAAAAGUCUUUGCCAAUCACGAUUCCAAACAACAUGGUAA